AUGGUGCUGCUCCGCCUGACCGUCAAGGUCGUCCCUCGCGCGGUGGAGGGCGAGGAGGCAAAGGACGCGGACGGGCUGAAGAGCACCAGCUUCCUCAUGGUCGUGCACCGGCCGGACCAGAUGAGCCUCGGAGAGCUGGCCUGGAGAGUCUCAGAGCAGUGGAAGAAGCUCCGGCCAGACGCUGAGCCGCUGGUGAUCAAGAAACUCCUGGAUGACAACCACGAUACGGACGAGCUGGACGCCGAUUUGACCGUGGCAGACGUGUUUAUAGACUAUGGCAAGGCGCGUGCAGACGGGUUGGACCAGCGGGGGGCCCUGCGAGUCAUCCAGCAGCCGACGAGCACUCGGUCAGUCCGCUACGGCUCCGUCGUCCAGGACUGGGACGCCAUCACAAACCACCACUCCCGAAGGGCCCCGAGGCUCUCGAGACGGCAGCUAGCGCAUUUCCCCGUGGCCAGUGGUCUAGCUUCAGCUUCUCCCGUCAAGAACCAUCUUGCUGCCGUCAAUGGGGGUGGCAUUCCGUUCGAAGUCGCGGAAUCAGUCUAUCCGCUUGGCUCUAUCGAAGAAGAACCAGCAGCUACGGCGUCACACCAGCGCAGAGAACCCUCGCCGGCUCUUGCGGAACGAGAAUUGACGCAGGAAACUACAGACACCAACGCCUCGAAUCUACGGUCAUCCCCUCUGGAUGCUUUUCCUAGCUCCACACGCCUUCCCAGGCAUCACCGUGCUCAGCUAGGAAAGGAUGGUGACAUGCUCAUUCCAGGGGUUCAUACUUCACUGCUUUCUAAUCAAGCUGCCCUACGGAACUCGAAAGAGGCCAAACCCUCGCAAUUAGCCAUUAGCGGUCGUCCAUCUCCAACUGCUGCCCGCCAACCAAAGAGACCAAGGACUGCCGAUAGUGAAGAGCUGUCCGGAAACACUUCAUCCCUGGCUACUAGUCAGAGACAUCCAAAACACGCAAAACGACAAAAGAUCGCCGAGACACCUGCUUCAGAGCUAGAACCUGAAGAUGAUGAGAUGCUCGAUGCUCACCCGCCGAGAGCUAGUACAGGGAAGUCCCAAGUCCUCCCGUAUGUCCAUAAAGGAAAAACAGACGCUCGACAGAAUUCUCAGAAGGCUCUAAGGGAAGAUCCUAAUGGGGCACCUGCUGUCAUUGAUCUAACUUGCACGUUAUGCACAACAGAAAGCAACAGUAAGCCGAAAUCAAAUCAGAUAGGUUUAGGCAUAACCGCCAGCCCCCCUAAGAAGCGCACAGUUGACAAAUUAGAUAUCCAUAAAGACAACUCCGGCGCACUCCUAACCCCCAAGGCGUCUGGACGCCCUAACCGCCCUCGCUCGUCUGACCCACACCAGAUAUUCCCCGAUCUCACUCAAGACGCGCCCUCUUCGGCAAGACUAGCUAAUAACAAGAAAGCCGUGUCGAGUAGAGAUGCUAAGGCUGAUGCAAGAAAGAAGACAACCAUGCAGUCGGGCAAGGCUUAUAGCCGCGAUUUCAACUCAGGCACAGCCGUGCACGGGAAAUGGACUGAUAAAUUUGAUUGUCGGGUAGCCGGCUAUAACAGGGAACGAGCUAUUUCCCAUUUGAAUGACUUAGUCCAAGCUGCAAAGGAAGCUGAUGACUCUCAAGGCCAGAUACGAAGAUUGGAGAAAAUGGCUAAGGAAUUAAAGAAGCUUCCAAACUACGCCGGUAAGGGUACGGAGGCCAUACAGGUUAGGAAGAACGCACACAGACGAAUCAAUCGGUUAUUGGAGACUCUCGAGGUUAUGGGUCAACCAAGGCUUAGCCGGGAGGAACCUCAACAUCAUGAAGAUGAGGUGGAUGAAGAGUCCAGUGGGGAAGAGAAUGAACCCCGAUCUGGGCGUUCCUCCUCUACCAAGAACGAUUCAGAGAAAGAAGUAGAUGAAAAAUCUACAGCCGCUAAGUCAACAGCAGUCAAUACAGACAAGAAGAAAGAUGCAAGUGACGGUAAUGGGAGCGAGAGCGAGCGUGUGCACAGUAACGAAGAGAACGACGAGGGGAGAAGUGAUAGUGAAGAUGGUUCGGAGAAAGACGAUGAGGAGGACGAGGAAGAGAAGCAAGAUCGUACGAGGCUUCGAGUGUGUGUAUCUCCCUCUCUCUCAGAUGUUGGCGAUGAGAGACUGUCCGCCACUGGGCCUCGACGAUCUUCUAAGGGGACUGUCCGUGAUAAAUCCCCAUCUGUCUACUCGGUUCCUUUGUCCGGAUCUGAAGCCCCUGAUCCCGAGUCAGAUAAAUCUGAAAGCGGCAGUAAGAGUGGCAGUGAAGGAGACGAGGAGGAUGAUGAAAGCACACCUCGUGCCAAAGUAGUCUCGAAGAAGACCCCCAGCCAGGAAUCAUCUGCUGCUUCCGAGUCUAAUGAAUUGGAGUCCGUUGGCAAAGGAAAUGCUUCUGAAUCGAUAGCUACAACUCCAUCAGAGAAAGAUACUGAUAUUAAACCCAACGGGACCCGGCAAGAUAAGGUAGAAAGGGAAGAAACGGAGAAAUCUGGCAGAAGUUCCGAGGAAAAAGAGGCAAGCGAGAGCGAUGAAGAUGGUGAAGAAGGCAAAGAUGAAAAAUUUGAGGAUGCGAAAGAAGGCUCUGAAUCCGACGAAGAAUCCGACUCGGCAGGUGAAGAAGCAGCCGCACCCAAUGCGGAUGCAUCAAAAAUUCCAGCAGCAAAGAAGCAGGUCACUGUGUUUGAAGACUCUGACUCUGGCUCUAGCUCCGAGUCCUCUUCUGCCUCAGAAGGAUCAGAUAUCCAAUACCGCAAGCCAAAACCCAAGGACGAUGGCACUGAGGCGGCACAGCAGCCCGCUACCGAACAAGACAUGCAAAACAAAUUGCCAACUGCUCCAACGCCUCGCAAAAAAAAGGUGCAUGUGUUGAAACGAUCUCAGACGCCGCUACAUAGGCCAUUCCAGCCAUGGCAAGACUCGGCUCACAACAAGACGAAUCCAGCCAGCUCUCCGCUUGUGGAGGACAAGUCGAACAGACCGGAAUUUAUCACCUUCUCCCAGCCUGCGCCAACUGCAACCAGGCGCUCAUCAGCAGUGGCUAACGGCACCAGGCCCCAAUCAACGCCCACGGGGUCGAACCCAGAGCGCAGCAGCAAUGGACUUAAACGCCUCCUCAAGGGCAAGUCUACCAGGAAUAUGUUUGGGAAACCUAGUUCACCGGCUAUCUGA